CAACUAACGAAACAACCAGCCGCCUUGGGCCUUUUCGCCUGUCUAAAGCCGCCGCACAACUUCAUUUCACCCCUUGGUCACACACCAAUUCUACCCUAUGCGUGUCCCUUGUAUUUCCAGUAUUCCUUGCAACGGCCUCUAGCCGUCGGCCUUCUUAAAUUUCCUUGAGCUGGCCCUGAGCUUAUUUCAUUGAGGAAAUGCCUCCACAGAGCUUUUGUCAAGCACUCAAACGCAUAUCAGACGGCUUGCAGCAGAUCGCUGCUCUACCCACCUCAAAUGUGCUGCGACAGCCACGCGAAAGCAGCAAAGGGGAAGUACACAACGCCAUUAUGGCGAGCACGCACUUUCACCUUAACGUCUCCGAGUUGAGUAAGUAUGUUCGGGACGCGCUGGAACAGGUAUGGGACAUCAAACAAUCGCCACAACUGGAAGCCACCGCAACGAGCAUGGGAAUUAGUUUAGACAUCAUUCCUCGAGCCGCGGCGCUUCAAAUGCAGAUAUUAGCGGCCAGGGAGCAUCCUGGCGGCAACGUGGGAAACGAAGCCGCAGGAAUUAACCCAGCGCACAGCCCGAAUGCUGCCUCCACCUCUCCCACCACCACCACCGCGCCCACUUCCCGCACCGCUCCAACGCGUCCCACCACAACUGCUGGGCUCUCACCGGAGGCGAUCCAAGCCACGCAACUUCACGAGCAGCUAGAUGCCAUAUUUCUAUCGUCAGCACUUCAGGGACUACUCAUGCUAUGCAUCAUUCUAGGUGCUCCCAGCAAGGUGCAGAGCACAGGGGGCCCCGCCGCCGCCUCCGCCACCCUCGCCGCCAAUCGCCCACGGCUGUACGAGCAGGUCUGCGACAUCGCCGUCGGCCGCUGCAUGGCCGCUGCCGUACGUUUAGUCGAGCGGGAAGGCUGGCCGAACGCGAAAGAGCAUAUCGAGCGGGCAUCAACGGCGGCGGCAGCGGCAGCACAGGGGCAUGACGGAGGCAGCGGCAGGGGCAGGAGCAAGUCCUCCAGGGCUCCUGCAUCAAGAAGGGCAGCGGCGGCGUCUUCAGGCCCAUUAUCGCAAGAGAUAGCGGAGAGGCAGCAGGACCUGUACGAGCUUUCCUGCAGCCUCAUGCAGCUCGUCACGGAGAGCUUGCAGCGUUUGAUGAAAUGGGGCAUCGCUGACGCGCAGACGGUAACCAGCGUGACUGAUGGCGUCGUCACCGGUCGACAGCAGCAGCCCUGGGGGCUGCCGCAGCAUCUGCUGCUGCAGCUGCAGCAGCCGCUGUUGCGCAUGCUGCUGCGAAGUGGCGUCAUUGCCGCAACUUGCAGCGCCCUGAACGCCGCGUCGCCGCUGUGGAGGUACGCCGCCGAAGGCGCCGCUGGUGCUGCCGGUGCUGCUGCUUCCCCUUCAGCAGCAACUGCUACAGUGUCUGGCGGCGGCGGCGGCAGGCCGAACCGCAUCCUUGUCGUCCUAGAAGCGCUGUACUACGCGUGCACCAGCAUGAUUGGCUGCUUGGACGACACGGGCGAUCUGUUGCAACUGAGCGAUGACGAAGAGGACUGCAGGGAGGUGUUGGAAAUCCUGGCGGCGCCGGAGGUAGUGGGUCUGCAGCGGCUGCUGCUGGAGAGGGUGGUGGCGGAUAGCGGCGGCGACGACGACGGCGGCGGCGGCGGCGGCGGAAGCGACGCCAGGCCGUCUAUUGCAGCGGAGAAGGUGGUCCCCACCCUCAUUUGCAAUGAGCGUCUGACCCUUUCACAUGCUCGCAUCGUCAGCGUAGUAUUCCAAUGCUGGUCGAGGGUUGAACAGUGCCCGAGGCUGCGACCCAUGGUUCCCGCCGCACCGGAGCGUGUACGGCUGUCACUGAGGCUGGCGCGAGCGUUACAUCGCCUGACAUGCGGCCGCGGCGUAGGUGGGCAUUACCACGUGACCGGAUCGUCAGCGGCGUCGGCGUCUUCCUCCUCCUCGUCGUCUUCGGCGGCGGCAGUUGUGCAACUGCUGGACUUGACCAUCAGCUUGGAGGGCCUUAUGCUAGGCGUGCGGGGAGCCGCCGCCUCCUCAGCAGAAGAUACCUGUAUGUCUGUCGAAGAGCUGUUAGAGGCAUCAUUUGAGGCGCCAUCAUUCGAGGUGUCCGAGGUAUCAUUUGAGGAGUCAUCUGAGGUGCCUGAGGCGGAGGUCCCGGCGGUGCUUGACGCCAAGGAGGCGUGCGCGUGGGCGCUAGCAGUGGUGAAUGAUGUCCAACAGCGCGGCUGGGCCAUGGGGGAUGCCGAACGACAGCAGUUGCAUACCCGGCUGCCCACAUUCACCCUGAGGACUCUGGCUGCCGACCCAAUCGCCUCCCGGCUUCCAGCCGACGCGCGCCGCACUCUGGCGUUACGGCUGGUCCGCACGGGGCUCAUGCACAACCUCGACGCCCGACUUCGCCACACCGUCCAUGCAAUGUUCGGUGCUGCCGCCGCCGCCACCACCGCUGCAGGGGCCGAACAUAGGGCCUACGAGGCCGUGUUGGAGUCCGUGCUGUUCAACACGUACCUAUUGCUGAAGCCGCUGCUGCAGGAGAUGCUCAGGCAGUCUUGUCGUGGACAGCUGGGUGCGGAAGAGACGGAGGAGACCAACAGCAGGAGCGAGAGCGGUGCAAGGACGGGUAAGGCGGUAGUGGACAGCGGCAGCGGCGACGAGCACUCGCAAGGUGACAACCGCGAUGCCGACCCGUGGGUCACCAAGCGGGAGCUCGGGCUCUUCAUCACGGUUAGCAAGCUGGCACUGCGCACGGCAGCUGAUCUCAGUUCCUCCCAGGAGGAAGCAGCAGCAGUACGACAGUCGGGAAGCAACGCAGUGGCUCCGGAGCGCGCGAGGCCUCCGCCAUCGACGUCAGGCGCGCGGGCUAGGAUGCUAGCACGCAUGCUCACGUUGCAAAUGGAUGCCGGCAUCGGCUUGCUGGUGGGGUGGCGACGGCAGCGUGCGCUGCCGCCAGGCCCGCGAGCCGCCGCCGGCCUGACGGAGGCGCUGACGCUGGCGGCCCGGGCGGCAU